UGCUGGUCUCGAGCUCAGAGCUGAGCUGAUUUCCUCAGUGGGAAAGAGACCAUGGCGGCGGCUGCUACCUGCGGCCAGCACAGCGCUGCAAUAACGGCCGCCGUUAGCGGCAAAAAGACGCAUAGUAACAGGGAACACAGUCGGAGGAACCGGGAGAACUCUCGCCGGAGACAAGCCGCUCUUUUGUUUCUUAGUAACAUCUCCCUGGACGGACGACCAGUCCAGAGUAGUUCAGCCGUGCAUGUAGGAAGUCGCCAACACAAAGAGACCGACUUGGAGGGAGCCGACCCCGGCAAUGCCAGCUACGGGACAUUCUCCGGUUUGGCAGCGACCGCGAACACCGGGAAUGUCAACCCCUCCCCAGCACCGAGGACAGGACUCCUCAACAUACCGCCUAUCCUCGUCCUGCCGUCGGACACAGAGUUCAACGAUGUGGGGAGCGCGGAGGUGCUGCUCGAGUGCUGCAGAGGCUCGUUCCCUUCGCCGGGGAACAGUAACCUGCUCUCGUCGUCCCCAUCCAGCACCAGCCUGCUACCGUCGCCGCUGGGACCGCGGAAGUCUUCCACACUGCUGUCAGUUCACAGCUGCAACUCCGUGUCCUCGUCAGAGCCGCGACAAAGGACUCGUAACCUGUCCGGCUCUCCCAGACCUCGACACACCAAGAAGAUCCACUUCAUCAAAAACAUGAAACAGUACGACACGAGAGGCAGCAGGAUCGUGCUGAUCUGUGCAAAGAGAUCUCUGUGUGCUGCCUUCUCUGUUCUGCCCUACGGAGAAAGCUUCUACCUUAGUGACCCUACAUUAAACCACCCGAGGAGGAGGCAUUCGUCUGGUAACAUCUCCACCACCCUGGAGAUGCUGCCGGGGCUGGAGGGCUUCCAACUGGACACCUACGGCAGGUCGGUGUCGUACGCCCAGUUCCUGUACCCCACUAACGCCUUGGUGAGGCACAAGCCGUCGUCGGCCAGCGACCUGGCGCUGCAGAUCCCCGUGUCCAGGAGCGCUCACAGCAUGGCGGGCAGGAGCCGCCCACCCAGCAGACUGAACAGCACCGUGGGACUGGACCUGGGUCUGGAAGAUGUGACAGACUACGAUCCUAACCUCCUCAGUGACCCCCAGUGGCCUUGUGGGAAACACAAGCGGGUGCUGAUCUUCGCCUCCUACAUGACGACCGUAAUAGAAUACGUCAAGCCAUCUGAUCUGAAGAAAGACAUGAACGAGACGUUUAAGGAGAAGUAUCCCCACAUUAAACUCACCCUCAGCAAGAUACGCAGUCUGAAGAGAGAGAUGAGAGUAGUCGGGGAGGAUUGCGGCAUGCAGCCCGUCACCAUCGCCAUGGCGUUUGUCUACUUUGAGAAGUUGGUGCUGCAGGGUCGACUGAAUAAACAGAACAGGAAGUUGGUGUCAGCUGCCUGCAUCCUACUGGCUGCGAAGAUCAGCAGUGACCUGAAGAAACAGGAAGUCAAACACUUCAUUGAUAAGCUGGAGGAGCGCUUCAGGAUCAGCAGGAGGGAGCUGAUAUCGUUUGAGUUCACCAUCCUGGUCGCCCUGGAGAUGGCGCUCUACCUCCCCGAGAGCAAAGUCAUGCCACAUUACAGGAAGCUGGUGCAGCAGCAGCAGUCCUAGCACCGACCCCCCCCCCUCCCCUCCCCUC